AUGGCACCCAAUCUGCAGUCAUACUACAAGCAGGUCGACUCCCUCGCCGAGCCCUUCAUCGAGCGUCUCCGACAAGCUGUGGCCAUCCCCUCCAUCUCCGCCGACGAGGAGAGGCGGCAAGAUGUCGUCAAGAUGGGCCACUUCCUCAAGGGCGAGCUCGAGAAGCUUGGUGCACACAUGGAAGCGCGCGAUCUAGGAAGGCAGCCUGGCAAGGAGCACCUCCACCUUCCUCCCGCCGUCAUCGGCCGAUACCCAGCGAAGAAGGAUGAGGGCAAGAGAACCAUCUUGGUAUAUGGACACUACGAUGUGCAGCCCGCCGGCAAGGAGGAUGGUUGGGCUACAGAGCCAUUCCAACUCAGCAUCGAUGACAAGGGCAGAAUGUAUGGAAGAGGCAGCACAGACGACAAGGGCCCAGUGCUUGGCUGGGUCAAUGCCAUCGAGGCACACCAGAAGGCAGCCAUCGACUUCCCCGUGAACCUGCUCAUGUGCUUCGAGGGCAUGGAAGAGUACGGCUCAGAGGGUCUCGACGACUUCAUCAUGGCAGAGUGCAAGCCCGGCAAGUUCUUCGAGGCCGCAGAUGCCGUGUGUAUCAGCGACAACUACUGGCUGGGUACGGAGAAGCCGUGCCUGACCUAUGGUCUCCGUGGCUGCAGCUACUACUCCAUUGAGAUCAAGGGACCUGGUCAAGACUUGCACUCGGGUGUCUUCGGCGGUACAGCUCAGGAGCCAAUGACCGACCUUGUCCGUGUGAUGGCUAGCUUAGUGGACACAGACGGCAACAUCCAGAUUCAAGGCAUCAACGAGCUGGUAGCUCCGUUGACCCAGGAAGAGCAGUCACUGUACAAGGACAUUGCAUUCACGAUGGACAACAUUCAUGAGUCGCUAGGCAGUCAGACAACCAUCUUCCCAGACAAGGAGCGUACACUCAUGGGUCGCUGGCGUUUCCCUUCGCUGUCGCUGCACGGCGUGGAAGGUGCCUUUUCCCAACCGGGCGCGAAGACCGUCAUUCCUGCCAAGGUUAUCGGCAAGUUCAGCAUAAGGACAGUCCCUGACAUGGAGCCUCACGAAGUUGACAGACUCGUCUUUGCACACGUAGACAAGGUCUUCAAGUCGCUCAAGUCAAAGAAUACCAUCAACUGCCACCUACAGCACGCUGGUAAGUGGUGGGUGGCAUCGCCAAACCACUGGAACUUUACGGCUGCAGCCAAGGCUGUUGAGGAUGUCUGGAAGGUGAAGCCGGAUCUUACCAGAGAAGGUGGCUCCAUCCCAGUGACUCUGACCUUUGAGCAAGCCACUGGCAAGAACGUCCUUCUCUUGCCCAUGGGUAGCUCGACCGAUGCCGCCCACUCUAUCAACGAGAAGCUCGAUCGUAGAAACUACAUUGAAGGCAUCAAGCUGUUGGGUGCUUACCUACACUAUGUCGCCGAAGAGCCGAUGAAGGGCUAG